AUGCCAUACGCCUUAUUCUACGAAUUGAAAGACAAAGAUGAUGACUUAUUCAGUGGUGUGCUGUUGGAGCGUGCAAGCGUCUAUUUUGGUCAAGCAAAUAUGCGUCGAAAAAUGGCAUUCCACUAUGUGUUAGCCGGUCAUCGAAUGUCAAAAGCUGGCCAGAAGCAGUUGUCCAUGGAGUGCUACAAACGAGCCCUUCCCGAAUAUCUUUCCAAGCACUGGGUGUUCGCAGAGGAUCAUAUUCUCUAUACACUGGCGAACGAGAGUGAGCAAAAAGAGGAGGCUCUUUCCUGGUGUUUGCCGUUAAUAAGACCGAAAUCAGUGCAGCACGCUGAACAGCAACGCCUCUUCCUCAGGCAUUACUUGUGGCUACUGAAACAACGCAAUAGUAUCAAAACAACACAUGCAAUAAUAACUGUACCAUUGGUGGAUGUCCGAAAUAUUAUUGUUAUUUAUGGGGAACAUCCGCUGGAAGUAUCGCCUGAUGUUUACACAAACGUGGACAGUUUGGUUUGUUUUUUUUUUUUUUUUACAUAUUCGGACAAUUUUGUUACGAUAGAUUCAGAUCGGAUAAGACAGAUGCUGUGGUUUGAAUCUGAAUCUAUCUAA